AUGUCGUUCCCCGGACCAACAUCUACUCCAAAUGCUUCUGGAGGAGGAUCAAGUGCUGCUGCUCAAGCAAGAAGACCUCAAUCUCCAAUGUCUGAUGAGGAUCCACUUCUGGAACCUAAGAAUACCCAGAACAUUGAUUUAUCAAAGUUACUGCCCCAAGAGCUUAGAAUAUAUCGCAUGUAUGGGAAGUUGCCCUCCACUCAACAAAUCUUAAGUAGCAGGUUUCAAGAUAAGAAAUAUUUUGAUAGUGGAGAUUAUGCAAUGCAGAAACAAGGGAAUAAAGCAGCAGCUGGUGGGUUAGGUGGUAAUAUUGGUGGUUCAUCCAAUUUACCAAUGACCCAUCCAAAUGCUGAAAGAGUUAAAGAAAUGUACUAUCGAAACUCUAUAAGUUCUAAUAAUGCUCAAAUAUUGUUUAAUGGGAAACUGGGUUUAUUGAACGAAUCAACUCCUAAUAAUGGAGGUGGUGAAGAGGAAUCAUGA